UCCUCGGUGUGCGAUGAAAUCCGACACGCUUUAACAACAUGAGUCCGCUCACUGCUCCGUCCCUGCGCCGGUAAUGUCCUUCUCCAUCGUCCCCGUGUGAUCGUCCAAGCAUCACCAUGGCGUCUUCCAGUUACACUCGCAUCCAGGACAGCGCCACAGAGAAGGACCGGCUCCUCUCCUCCGUGGCUACCUAUGGGUCCCAGGAUCUUCUUAAGGGUGGGAGCCCCCGCCCCACUUGUCUGGUGGGCUCUGAGCCCCACCAGAAGCAGGAAGAAGAAGAGGAGGAGGCCCUGAGGAGGAAGCUCAAGUACUUCUUCAUGAGCCCAUGCGACAAGUAUCACGCCAAAGGGCGCAAACCGUUCAAACUGGGCCUGCAGCUGCUCAAAAUCCUCAUUGUGACGGUUCAGCUGGUGCUGUUCGGGCUCAGCAACCAGAUGGUGGUGACGUUUAAAGAGGAAAACACAGCCGCGUUCAAACACCUCUUCCUGAAGGGUUAUCAGGACAGCGCUGCUCAGGCCGUUCACACGCAGAGCGAGCUGUACGGCCACAUCCACUUCGCUAUAGAGCAGUACAUGGCUCUACCUCAGAUCUCACUGGGACGGUACGCGUACGUGUUGGGUGUCGGCGUAAACGGAAGCGCGCUCUCCCUCUGCCAGAGGUACUACAGGAGGGGCACCAUCGACCCCGUCAACGACACCUUUGACAUUGAUCCCUACGUUGUCAGCGAUUGCAUUGGACUGAAUCCACCGGCUUACAGUUCUGCUCCAGGAAACAGUGACUACAAGAAUUUCACUCUCAAUUUUUACAAGCUGAUAAAUGUGACAGUUGACUUCCAGCUGAAGGCCAUCAACAUUCAGACCAUUAUAAACAAUGAAAUCCCCGACUGCUACACCUUUGCUAUCACAAUCGUCAUGGACAACAGGGCGCACAGCGGCAAAGUGAAGAUCAGUCUGCAGAACCAGGCGUCCAUAAAGGAGUGUAAAGACCCCAACGUGUCAGGACACGCGGAGAGCUAUGCACGGGAGUUCUUUGAUGUGCUGGUGGCGUUCGUCUGUCUGCUGUCCCUGCUGCUGUGUGGGCGCUCCAUCCUCAGAGGCAUCCUCCUGCAGCACGAGUAUGUGCAGUUUUUCAAACACAAGCUUGGCCGCACCGUGAGCUGGGGCGACAGGAUGGAGUUCAUCAACGGCUGGUAUAUCCUGCUCAUCAUCAGCGACAUGUUCACCAUCAUCGGCAGCUUCAUCAAAAUUGGGAUUGAGUCUAAGAAUUUGUCAUCAUAUGACAUUUGUGGAAUCCUGCUGGGAACCUCCACUCUGCUGGUGUGGGUGGGAGUCAUCCGCUACCUCAGCUUCUUUCAGAAAUACAAUAUCUUGAUCGUGACUCUAAGAGCUGCUUUCCCCAACGUCAUCCGCUUCUGCUGCUGUGCAGCUGCCAUUUAUAUGGGCUAUUGUUUCUGUGGAUGGAUUGUGCUGGGGCCCUAUCAUACCAAGUUCCGCUCCCUGUCCAUGGUGUCGGAGUGCCUGUUCUCUCUGAUCAACGGAGACGACAUGUUCGUAACGUUUGCUGAGAUGGAGCAAAGCGGCGCACUGGUGUGGAUCUUCAGCCAGGUCUACCUAUACACCUUCAUCUCCCUCUUCAUCUACAUGGUGCUGUCCCUCUUCAUUGCACUCAUCACCGGAGCCUACGACACCAUCAUGGCCCAAACACAGGAGCAGGUACGUGUCAACGAUCUGCACGCGUUCAUCGCAGAGUGCACGGACACGCCCUGCUCUGGCAAGUUCCGUGGGCCCGAGGGGUCUUCAUGCUCCUUCUUCUGCUGCUGUGACUGCACGAUAUUUCCACUCCAGUGACAGCUGGCUGCAAUUGCACUCCUUUUUCUGGAUACCCAGCAGGGACAAUAAAUGCCUUGAGAGUGAACAGACUGACCUUGGACCGCGCUGUCCUCUGUAGUCAGCGUUUGAAUUUUGCAUUUAAAUUUGUGCUGGAACAGUAGAACGCAUUGCACAGUCACAAGCCCAAUUACCUGCUUUGGCUUUUGCACUGUAUGAAUAAUUUACUGUCUCUUCCUAAAACGUCUGUUUGUUAGGGCUUUGAUGACUAGACGCAUAAUGCCAGUAAACAAAUUUAUUGCUGUAGACUGGACACAGGGUCCACUAAGUAAAAUGGAUUCAAAUUUUCACUUGACUGAUCCACCAUGUACAGAGUUUUUAUUGUCCACAUAGCUACACAGGAGACAGGAGUAUUGUGCCUCUUGAUUAUGUAAAUAUAUGUAUGUCCUCUGAAUCUUCAUAGCAGAGGUAGAACAGACAGCCAGGGAAAACUGAAAAAUGAUCAUUAACUGCUGUAUGUAUGCAUUAGCUCCGACAUUUUCAGUCAAAGCUUUCCUCCACUCCUGUUUUCAUUCUUCUUUCCUCGCCCCUUUUGUCCAUGCCCUUCUCUGAGGGAGAUGAUGGCUGCACCAUGAAGGAAGAGCCCCGCAGCCAUACCAGUUAGUCAUCAAUAUGUAUGAACUGUUCCUGCUGUAAAGAGCCAGGUGACUGUGCUGGCUAAUGCACUACAAGGCAGAACCUUUUUCCUGUUUGGUUUAAAGUACUCCCUGCAAGGCUGUAAAAUAAUGUUUGGCAACAAAAACUUACAAUAAUCAAGUCAAGAUGAAAUGAAGGUACGCAUAGGGAUUUCUGCUUUAGCCAUGGACCGAAAAGGCAGAAUUUUAGCUGCAUUGUGUCAAUGAAAAAUGGUGGUCUGGGUGAUUUCUUUAAUGUCCUGAACAAAAGAGAGGGUACGAUCAAAUGUAACACCGAAAAGUCAUGAGACAGAGUGUUUAACAGCAGACAAGCAGGCCUCUAAUUUAUUAGUUCGAGAAUGAUCACCCCCCUUUGCAGGGCCAAGAACAGAGCCCUGAGGUACUCCAUAUUUGUAUCAGAAAAUUUGGAUGUAGGCUUCUUAUAGAAAACACACUGUGUUCUUGCCAAUAGAUAAAUAUAAGAUGUGACUUGCUGGCACACAACUCUUUCUAGAGCUGGAAUUUUAGAGACUUGUUGGUCAUUAUUCAGAGCAUGAUGGUAAUUCGACACACACUCAUGCCAUGAGAGGUCUGGUUUACAGCAUUGCGCUCCAGUCUCCUGCAGGCCCGCUCAAGAGCGCGCCUUUCUUCAGCUUCUGUGACAGGAGUCAGGACCACAGGCAGUCACUCACCUAAUGCAGUUAAAGUCAAAGGAGCAGGGUGGCCACCGACCGGCUGGUGGAUGCUGGAGUGUCAAAUUUGAUUUCUCAAUUCCAGGAAAGAAGAAAAAGUGUGUAAAUUAUCUGCAGUUCAGGCUGUCUCACCAGCUAGGCUUCACCAGCUGUCACCGCAGCUCAGUUGUCACCUCUUUCUUCUUUUUGUUUCUAGGCAGGGCUCCAGACAAAUAUAUUUCACCACCAUCCCAGAAACGUCCCAAAAUCCAAUUUUAACUGUCCCAAAGUGGAAAACCAUCCAGAGAUCAAAUUUUUUUCCUUUACUUUGUUAUUAUCAUCUGAAGUUGUUUGUUGUUAGCGACAUACUCUAUGGAAAGCACUUUGUAAUCAAUAACAGCUGCGUACACUUUCUGUUAUUCAAGUUCAGUUACGUCAGCAGUGUUCCUCAGUACAGAACUACAGUAAAUGCUCUGGUUACUUUCAUCUCUGACAGAAGUUUGGUCAGAUUUAAACACUGAUGUAAAGUGUCUGUUACAUUAACUCCAAACUGCUCAGCUGAAGUGCUUCAGUACACUCAUUUACUGUUAACUUGCUGUGUUGUCAAUAUAAACUGCAAUUCACUGUGUAACGCUUAAUGUUCCUCUGAACAGAAUAUCUCAGUACUCAAAUUCUCAGUGUUUGUUUAGCUCUGUUAGCUGUAAUCUCUAUUAGCUCCAUUAGUAGUUAACUUCAUUAGCCAAAUAGGACUCUUCUGCUCACUGGCUGCUAAGUGCUAACUAGCUCUUCUGAAGAUUUGUUGUUUACAAUUUAGCAUUAUCAGGGAAGAAAUGGGGUGCAUCCCCCAUUGAUAGCGAGUUAACUGCGUCCUUUCAGAUUGUAAUGUAUCAGAGACGCAGGGCACGUACCUAGCAACAUCACUACAACUAUAGUAAUAGCAUGAGAAGACGGCUCUUGGUUCAGUUUGUCUGUUGCAAAGUGAUAAUUAUGAUGGUUUGUCCAAAACACAUUUCUAUGGUUCCUGGGAUGACAGGACGCCGUUAGUGUCGAGCCCUGCUUCUAGGUUUUAAACAUUUUUAUGGUAAGAUGUCAAAAAAGUCAGAUCCCUGUCUUAAAGGUGCAGCGUGUAGGAUUUAGUGGCCUCUAGUGGUGAGGUUGCAGAUUGCAGCCAACUGAACACCCCUCACCUCACCCUCACCUUCCAAGCAUGUCACCACUCUCUAGGCCAGUGUUUACUUGUCUGUUGUGGGCUACUCCUUGCAAGAGGACCCACUCCCCCUAUAGAUAUAAAGAACUCAUUCUAAGGUAAUGAAAACACAUCAAGUCUUAUUUUCAGGUGAUUCUACACUAAUGAAAACAUAAUUCUGGUUGUUGUAUUCCAUUUCUGUCAAUAGAGCCUCCUAAAUCCUCCUCCCUGGACCUUUAAGUCACCUUUGACCAAAUAUGUUUGGGUGUUUUGGCUGUGCUGUCAGGUAGUAUGUAGGCAGCUUACAGAGCUGUGCCUGUAUUUUAUAUGAUGUGUCAGACACUGUCAGUGCACUGAUAUUGAAGCCAUGUGUCAAAGGCUAAUGGCUCUCCCUUUUUUUUUUCUUUUUUUAGCUGUUAACGAGCUAGGGCAUCUCUAUAAACCAGCAGUUCUACAUUUACUCUUUGUAAAGAAAAGUGACUAUUUGAAAUAUCACUCUUAUUACAGAAACUUACUGAAGUGGUAAUUUAAACAAUUCCAGCAUGCUGUGUGAAGGCAUAUGAAGGUCACUGUUCAAUGGAUGAGGCGUGUUCACGGCACAAAAUUUGUAUCAGGACUAAAGGGUGCAUUUUUUUUAUUGCUCACUGACGUGUUAACUUAAACUAAUCAAUAUUGUUUACAGUUACAACAUGUGUUUUCUUUCAAUGAAUGUUAAUGUACACUUAUUUAUUUGCACUUAAUGAAGACUUACGGUAUGUACAGCUUAAUUGAUUUUAAUGUGUCACAUGGGAGCCAUAUAGCACAAUGGAGCCGAGCACUGUAUACGUAAUGUAUCUGUUGGUGUUCUCCUGACACUUGUGGGAAGGUUCUCUAAUGCUACUUUGAUUUAGUAGUAACACUGUUACUGUUCACUACAUUUCCUCAUAUUUUGUAUACUGUGUUAAUUCUUCUACGUGUGUUUUAAGGAGCAAGUGCUAAAAGGGAGUUCCUCAGUGUCUGUAUAGGAGCAACUUGUACAGGUUUUUACCCUCAUUUGUAUUGAAUCUUUUCUGUGUAGAUCGCUUCAGAAUGUCUGCAAAAUAAA